GCAGUAUAGUUUGGGUAUAGUACAUUUCAUGAAGAUUCAAGUUGUUUCGACAUGUUUUCGUUUUAGUUAAAGUCGUCACUUUCGUCGAAGAAAUAAUCAUGGAGGAAGUUCGAAAGCUAGAGCACCUCUCUCUUGUAUCAAAAAUAUGUACAGAAUUAGAAAAUCAUUUAGGUCUUAAUGACAAAGACUUAGCUGAAUUUAUCAUUUCAUUGUCAGAAAAAAAUAAUACUUUUGAAUCAUUCAAAAAAGUCCUUGAUGAAAAUGGUGCCGAGUUCUCUGACUCAUUCGUCAGUAAUCUAUUGCGAAUCAUACAACAUAUGAAACCAGCCACAUUAUCUGACUCAGGUUCUAAUAAGCCAGAACCGAAGAACAAGCAGGAUAAACUUGCUAUGAAAUUCCCUGGCCUAGCACUCCCAAAUGAUUUUGAUAAGGAUCUUGACGAGAAGGUUAAAGAAGAGUCAGAGUCAAAAAUGAAGAAAAGAUCACACAAAGAUCGUGACAUCAAAGAUGUCAAACCUAGAGUUAAGUCUGAAACAAAUGUCAAAGUUGAAACUGAUGUCAUUGAUGACGCCAUGGCUGAAUUAGAAGCUUUAGCCCCAUCACAAGCUGGGCCGAGCACUCAAAUUACAGGAUCAGGUGAAGGAACAAGAAAUAAAGAACUAGAUACAGAUCGCAGAAGAGAGAGAAGUAGAAGCAAAGACAGAGAGAGGCGGCAUCGGAGUAGGAGCAGAGACAGACGCUCACGCAGCCGAGACAGGGACAGGCGGAGGAGCAGGAGCAGGGAUGGGAGACGAAGGAGCAGGAGCAGAGAUGGCAGAAGACGAAGCAGAAGCAGGGAUCGCAAACAAAGAGAUAGAAGGAGUAGAAGUAAAGAUAGGAAAAGAGAUAGGAGCCGUGACAGGAGAAGGGACAGAAGCAGAGACCGCCAUCACCGGGACAAGGACAAGAGAAGAGGUUCAUUCGAUGAGAAUCCUGAUGAAGAUAUGGAUGCUAAUGAACCCGAAUUAGGAAAAAUCUACGUGGGAAAAGUUGCCAACAUUGUUUCAUUUGGAUGUUUUGUUCAAAUUGAGGGUCUUCGUCGGCGCUGGGAAGGCUUGGUGCACAUAUCACAAUUGAGAAGAGAAGGACGGGUUACUAAUGUUCAAGAAGUUGUUCAGAGAGGUGAGAAAGUAAGAGUGAAAGUUACUAAAGUAACUGGACCCAAAAUUUCUCUAUCAAUGAAAGAUGUUGACCAAGACACUGGAGAGGACUUGAAUCCAGCCAUAUCAAAUCCUGUUAACAGAGUUGACUCAAGUGAAGCAAUGCACCGAAACCCAGAUCGCCCUACCUCCUUGUUGGAAUUGCAAGGCGAUAUAGAAGAUGACGAAAAUCACAGUAGAAAGAGAGUUAAUAGAAUUUCAUCCCCAGAAAAAUGGGAAAUAAAGCAGAUGAUGUCAGCUGCCUGCAUUGAUAAAUCUGAGCUUCCUGACUUUGAUGAUGAAACUGGACUUCUCCCUAAAGAAGAUGAUGAGGAAGAGGAUAUAGAAAUUGAGAUUGUGGAAGAUGAGCCACCAUUCCUUCAAGGACAUGGAAGGAUGCUACAUGAUUUAUCUCCUGUUAGGAUAGUUAAAAAUCCUGACGGCUCCUUGGCACAGGCUGCCAUGAUGCAAAGCGCUCUUGCUAAAGAGAGGCGUGAAGUGAAAAUGAUUCAAAGAGAACAAGAAAUGGAUGCAGUACCAGCUGGACUAAAUAAAAAUUGGAUCGAUCCAUUACCUGAGGCUGAUGGGAGAGCUCUUGCUGCCAAUAUGCGAGGCAUAGGGGCUACUGUCCAAGACUUGCCAGAGUGGAAGAAACAUGUCAUAGGAGGCCGAAAGAGUUCCUUUGGAAAGAAAACAAACAUGAGCCUGCUUGAACAGCGUCAAAGCCUUCCUAUUUAUAAACUGAAGGAUGCCCUUGCAAAGGCGGUAAAUGACAACCAAAUUUUGAUAGUCAUUGGAGAAACAGGAUCAGGAAAAACAACACAAAUAACACAAUAUCUAGCCGAAGCAGGGUUUACCUCCAGAGGUAAAAUUGGCUGUACUCAACCUCGACGUGUUGCAGCUAUGUCUGUGGCAAAAAGAGUAGCUGAAGAGUUUGGUUGCCGUCUUGGUCAAGAAGUCGGAUAUACCAUUCGAUUUGAAGACUGUACAAGUCCUGAAACUGUCAUCAAGUACAUGACUGAUGGAAUGUUACUACGAGAAUGUUUAAUUGAUUUGGACUUGAAGUACUACUCAGUUAUUAUGUUGGAUGAGGCUCAUGAGCGCACCAUUCACACUGAUGUUUUAUUUGGGCUUUUGAAGCAAGCUGUCAAGAAAAGGCCAGAACUGAAAUUAAUUGUCACUUCAGCCACUCUGGAUGCCUGUAAAUUUUCACAAUAUUUCUAUGAGGCUCCAAUUUUUACAAUCCCUGGUCGCACAUUCCCUGUAGAAGUUUUGUACACUAAGGAACCUGAAACAGAUUAUCUUGAUGCCUCUCUCAUUACUGUGAUGCAAAUCCAUUUACGUGAACCGCCAGGUGACAUUUUACUGUUCUUGACUGGGCAAGAGGAAAUUGACACAGCAUGUGAAAUACUCUUCGAGCGCAUGAAAAGUUUGGGACCUGAAGUUCCUGAAUUGAUUAUUCUUCCAGUUUACUCUGCUUUGCCUAGUGAAAUGCAAACUCGUAUCUUUGAUCCUGCUCCUCCAGGUUCUCGUAAAGUUGUAAUUGCAACAAAUAUUGCAGAGACAUCUCUGACCAUAGAUGGCAUCUAUUAUGUAGUUGACCCUGGGUUUGUAAAGCAGAAGGUUUACAACUCAAAAACUGGUAUGGAUUCUCUUGUUGUUACUCCUAUCUCUCAGGCUCAAGCCAAACAACGAGCAGGUCGAGCAGGACGUACAGGUCCGGGAAAAACGUAUCGUUUGUACACUGAACGAGCAUACCGUGAUGAGAUGCUGCCCACUCCCGUUCCAGAAAUUCAACGGACAAAUCUGGCAACUACUGUCCUGCAAUUGAAAACUAUGGGUAUCAACGAUCUUUUACAUUUUGAUUUUAUGGAUGCCCCACCUGUAGAAUCACUUAUAAUGGCUUUAGAACUACUGCAUUCUCUCAGUGCACUUGACAGUGAGGGCCUAUUAACCAGGCUGGGAAGAAGGAUGGCAGAGUUCCCCUUAGAGCCCAACCUGUCCAAAAUGCUCAUCAUGUCAGUGCACCUCCAAUGUUCUGAUGAAGUUCUGACUAUAGUUUCUAUGUUGUCUGUUCAAAAUGUCUUCUACAGGCCCAAGGACAAGCAGGCACUAGCUGAUCAAAAGAAGGCUAAAUUUAACCAAGCUGAAGGGGAUCAUUUAACCCUAUUAUCGGUAUACAACUCUUGGAAAAACAACAAGUUUUCAAAUGCCUGGUGCUAUGAAAAUUUUGUACAAAUUCGGACUUUGAAACGUGCUCAAGAUGUCCGCAAGCAGCUUCUAGGAAUAAUGGACAGGCAUAAGCUUGAUGUUGUCUCUGCUGGAAAGAAUACAGUUCGAGUACAGAAGACAGUUUGUUCUGGUUUCUUCCGAAAUGCAGCAAAGAAGGAUCCUCAAGAAGGAUACCGCACACUUGUUGACAGUCAAGUGGUAUACAUCCAUCCUUCCAGUGCUCUUUUUAACAGACAGCCAGAAUGGGUUGUGUACCAUGAGUUAGUUCAAACAACAAAGGAGUAUAUGCGUGAAGUGACUACCAUUGAUCCUAAGUGGCUUGUAGAAUUUGCUCCAGCUUUCUUCAAAUUUUCUGAUCCGACUAAACUAAGCAAAUUCAAGAAGAACCAACGCUUGGAGCCAUUAUACAACAAAUAUGAAGAACCCAACGCAUGGCGUAUCUCUAGAGUUAGACGGCGCAGGAAUUAGUUGAUCGUUGUGUCAAUAGGUACCACAUUGUAAAUAAAAUGAUUAAAUUAUGAAUUUUUAAGGACAUUGAAAAUUUAAUUUUCAGAAAAAUUAAAAUUAUGGUUUUGUAAGACAA